GAGGCCUGCAGCGGGAACAUGGGGGGCGCAGUGGGUUGUGAGAUUUGUUUGCCUGCUGUGCCGUUGGGAUGCAUAUCGUGAAAGUGAUUGUUGGAACCGGGGUUUGGAGGUUUUUUGGUGAUAUUGUGGACUGCAGUUACGAUUGUUCCUGGCGAAGAGAACCGAGAGACUAUUGAGAGCCACCUCGCUUGGCGGGCACGCAGUGCGCUGCAUGACGGAGUUUUGGGGGCAAACGGGUUUGGUAUUAAAACGGUCGUCAGCGUCGUUGGUAAUGUGCCUUUUUUCAAAGCUUGUUAUUCUGCAGCUUGUUGUUCUUCAGCUUGUCAUUCUUCAGCAACAGAAACUUGGGCCAUCGUCGACUUCAUUACAGCCAACACUGUAUACACUUGCAGGGAUGGCUACCGCGGACGCGUUGAUUGCAAGUCUUCAAGACAUCAACGGGGAGAGCUUCACAGAUAAGGCAGAGAGGAUACGAGCCAGGGAUGCGCUAUAUGAUGCGUUGAGGAAAGUUCAGACGCCGUGGGAUAUCGCGUGGGAUCACAUCGUGGUCAAGGGCGGCGGGAACGCGGCGAUCAAAACGCUCAUCGACGCUGGCGUGUUCAAAAAGUGGCACGAGGCUGGUGGUGAACCCAUCACCUGUACCAAGCUCUCAAAGCUGACCGGCGCCGAUGAGCACCUCAUCCGCCGCAUGAUGAGGGCAAUAGCAGGCCAACGCCUCGUCAUAGAAACGGACCUCGACACCUACGCCCGCACGCCUUGGGCCAGAGCCCUGGGCGAAGACGCGCCGCUGCCGGCUAUGUACGGCGGCUUCUACGGCGAGCUGACGAACCCCAUGUUCCGCUCGCUGCCGUACUACCUCAAGCAGAACGGGUACCGGAACCCGACGGACAAGAACGACUGCAACUUCCAGCACUGGCGCGGGCCCGACGCCGUCUUCUUCAAGUACGUCGGCACGAACCCGCUGCUCACGUCCGACUUCAACGACGUCAUGGAGUGCCAUUCGCGGGAUAACCUCACGGCGUGGACCGAGGUGUAUCCCACGGAGAAGAUCAUCGAGGGCGCGGUCCCGGAGAGGCCGUUGGUUGUUGAUAUUGGCGGCGGGAAGGGCCAUGAUUUGAGGAAAUUUCAUGUUCGGCAUCCGCAGGUUCCCACGCGGCAUCUCAUCCUGCAAGACUUGCCCGAUUUCCUGAAGGAUGUCAAGCCCGAUUCCGCCUUCACGAUCCAGGCGCACGACUUCUUCACGCCGCAGCCGCUGCGCGGGGCGAGAGCGUACUUCUUGCACAACGUGCUGCACGACUGGCCCGAUGCCACGGCGGUGGAUAUCCUGAAGAACAUUGCGAGCGCCAUGGAGAGGGGUUACUCGAGGCUGCUGAUCCACGAGAGCUUGAUCAGCGAGCGGGCGCCGCUUUCGAAGGUGACGGCAACGGAUAUGAUUAUGAUGGCGGGGCUGGCGUCGGCAGAGAGGACGGAGGAACAGUGGCGGGAGCUGAUUGCGGCGGCGGGACUGCGGGUUGUGAAGAUCUGGAGGCCGGUGCAGGCGGUUGAGAGUGUCAUUGAGACGGAGUUGGCUUGA